AGGCCGAGGAGGCGCUGGGCCGACUCCGUCCUCCCGCCCUCUGCACCUCCGAUUCUUCGGCUGGGGAAUGGGCUGGUGCGCGGGCCCGCCGCCAAGACGCGGCGCAGUAACUCCGGGACUUAUCCGCCUGUGAUCCCCGCCGCUGCCUGCGGGGGACCCAGCACCCGUGUGGCCCCCAGCUCGCGGACGCCACGCUAGGGCCCCGCGUCCUCGCCGGGGCGGAGCUUGCGACGGCCCCGCCCCUCCGUCCCCCGCGCUCCGGCCGGCGCGCCCCCAGCCCAGCUGCGGCGCGUGACGCGGGGCGCGCGGUUCUGGCGGCCACCGCGGACGGGCGCAGGCGGCGGGGACGGCCGGCGGACAGGAGGCAUGGCGGCAGCGGGGACCACGGCGGGGCCGGCGGGGCCCGAGCCCAUGCCGAGCUACGCGCAGCUGGUGCAGCGCGGCUGGGGCAGCGCGCUGGCGGCGGCGCGGGGCUGCGCGGACUGCGGCUGGGAACUGGCGCGCCGCGGCCUGGCCGAGCACGCGCACCUGGCGCCGCCCGAGCUGCUGCUGUUGGCGCUCGGCGCGCUCGGCUGGACGGCGCUGCGCUCGGUGGCCACCGCGCGCCUCUUUCGGCCCCUGGCCAAGUGGUGCCGCCUCCAGCCUAGAGAUGCCGCCAAGAUGCCUGAAAGCGCCUGGAAGUUUCUCUUCUACCUGGGCGCCUGGAGCUACAGUGCCUACCUGCUCUUCGGCACCGACUACCCCUUCUUUCACGACCCGCCCUCCGUCUUCUACGACUGGACACCGGGCAUGGCGAUACCACGGGACAUCGCAGCUGCCUACCUGCUGCAGGGAAGCUUCUACGGCCAUUCCAUCUAUGCCACGCUGUACAUGGACGCCUGGCGCAAGGACUCAGUGGUCAUGCUCGUCCACCACGUGGUCACCCUGGUCCUCAUCGUCUCCUCCUACGCCUUCCGGUACCACAAUGUGGGCAUCCUUGUGCUCUUCCUACAUGACAUCAGCGACGUGCAGCUGGAGUUCACCAAGCUCAAUGUCUACUUCAAGUCUCGCGGAGGCUCCCACCACCGGCUGCACGCUCUGGCAGCCGACCUGGGUUGCCUCAGCUUCAGCCUCAGCUGGUUCUGGUUCCGCCUCUACUGGUUCCCACUCAAGGUCCUGUAUGCCACGAGCCACUGCAGCCUGCGCUUGGUGCCUGACAUCCCCUUCUACUUCUUCUUCAACGCACUCCUGCUGGUGCUCACCAUCUUGAACCUCUACUGGUUCCUGUACAUCGUGGCUUUUGCUGCCAAAGUGUUGAUGGGCCAGGUGCGUGAGGUGAAGGAUGUGCGGGAAUACGAUGCAGCGGAGGCUCCAAGCCCCAAGCCCAGCAAAGCUGAAGUGUACCAGGGGACACGCUGCCAUGGUCGACCCCGUGGGCACCACCAGCAGAACUUGAUUCCUCAAGGAUGGCUGGAGUUAGUGCAGGUGGGUAUGAAACGGGAUGGGCUAAAACGCAAUGCGAAUACAGCAGAGCUGGUCAGGACACCUCAAAACCGCCAGGUCAUGGAGACAAAGAAGACGGAGGAACUGUCCCAGAUCAGAGGAGACUAAGGAGAUGUGAUGACUGAAUGCAGUGUGAGAUCCUGACCCAGAAGAACAACACCUUGGACAAACUAGUGAAAUCGAAAUGGCGUCUACGGUUUAGUUCAUGGCAGUGUCCCAGCGUUGGUUUCGUAGCAGAUGUACUGUGGAAGUAUAAGACGUUCACAUUCGGGGAAGCUCUGUACUAUCUUUGCAAGGCUUCUGCAAAUCUCAAAUUAUUCUAAAAUUAAAAGUUCAUUAAAAAAAUAAAAGGCAUGAGAGACCAUCAAAAAUGGCACUGGAUGUUAUAUUAGUUUUGGGGGGCCGUUGUAGCAAAUGACCACAAACUGGGUGGCUUAAAACAAUAGAAAUUUAUUUUCUCACAGUUCUGGAGGCCAGAAAUCUGAAAUCCAAGUGUUGCAGGGCCGUGUCCCUCUGGCGGCUCUAGGGAGGAACCUUCCUUGUCUCUUCCAGCUUCGGGGGCUCCAGGGCUCCCUUGGCUUGUGGCUGCGCCCCAAUCUCCCUCUUUCAUCUUCACGUGGCCUUCUCUUCUCUCUGGCUCUUCUUUCUUAGAAGGAUAUUGGUCAUUGGAUUUAGGGCCCACCCUAAAUCCAGUAUGAUCUCACCCCAGAUUCUUUCACUUAAUUACAUCUGCAAAGACUUUUUCCAAAUAAAGUCGCAUUCACAGGUUCCAGAGAUUAGGACGUGGACAUAGCUUUUCAGGGACCACCUCUUAACCUACUGGAGAUGAUAAGGUUCAAAUGAGUAGAAGCAGCUGGAGAGAGCAUCAGUCAGUUGAAAGCUGUGAAGAAAUUACCCAAAAUGCAGCAUAAACAGAUGGGAAAUAUGAAAGCUAGAAUUCUAAGAAUUAUCUAGUCUAGCGGAGUUCUAACAGGAGACAAGCAGGGAGAGACAAGAUGAGAAGACAUAAUGCUGAGGAUUUUCCAGAAAGUGACAAGACAGAAAUCAUAAGCAGGAUGAAUAAAAAGGCAUCCAUGCCCUGACACAUCAUAGUGAAAACGCCAAAGAGCCCCAGAACGGAAGAGAUGACCUACAAAAUAAUGGCAGACUGCCCGCAACCAAGGAUCUGGAGGACUGGGGGUAACAUAGCCCCUCAGGUGCUGAAAGGAAGUAACAAGCAACUGAGAAUUUCGUUCACAAUUUCAAGAGAUAGAACACCCUCAGGAACAAAAUCUGAGAAAGUUGACCACCGUCACAUCUUCUCUACACACAUAUUUCAGAAAACAGGAGACUAUCCCAAGAGGUAGGUCAGCAGAGAAAUUGACACAUAUCUGGGUAAAAAUGUUUAAAUGCCUAAUUUGAGAGAUUAAAAAAAUUAGAACUGAAGUAUCAAACAUUAUUGAAACAGGUUUGGGGCUUUGCAUUUUACAAGAGGCUGGGGUUACCUUUAGGCUGUACUAAGUACUUUUGUUAACACUGUUACAGCGUAGAGGGAGAAUGAAACAAAAAAACACAAAAAUAAAUGCAAAAUAAAAUAAGGGUAGAAUCUCAAAUAUUAGGCAUUCAAAUAAGCAUACAUGGAAUAAGCCUGACAGUCACGAGAUUGGGUUCUUUUUUUAAAUCCACCUCUAUACUGAUUAAAAGACUUCAUCUCCAUGGUACGCAAAAGUUGCCAGUAAAAGGACAGGAAGAGAAAUCCAGGUGUAAUUCUUGAUCUGGAACGUUCCGCAUGACGCAGCCAUGAAGCUCAGGGAGCCGGGGCCAUGGGAGGUGGUCCAGGCUCGUGCUCAUGGAGCAGCAGAGAAGCAGAGUGAACAGAUGUUCUUACACACAGGAGCGUUUCUCAAAAUUGACCAAGCCAAGCCCCAGGGGAAACCCCAGUCUCGCAGAACCAGGAUCAUGCAGACCGUAUAGACGCAAACUCAGGUUUGAAAAUGGUAAGAAAACUGACAAGAACCACUUUGAAGUAAUUCAAGAGUCAGACACAAAUCAUGUGGUGACUAAGCAGCGCCGGCCCCUCCUCAGCCCCCCUGUCUUCCUUCCUGCUUCCCCAGUGGCUCUCGAAUCCUGGGCCCCCCACCCCAAGCUGGUUCUCUCUUCUGAUCCCCCCACGGGGCCCCUGGUCAUCUGGCAGACCACCCUCCUGGACCGACGCCUUCAGCCCGCUGGGCUGGUCCCCAUGCCCUGGUCAUGACCAGGCACCUCUGUCGGAAGCCCCCGUCAUCCUCUCGGGGGGCUGCCGGGACCACUGGCCAUCGAGGGGCCCUCAGCUGACCUGCCAGAUGACACCCUCGUCUUCGUACACCCGCUUCCACCUCCACUGCACUUGUGGCUGCUCCACGGCCUCUGAAGAGCUGUGACCCGCACCUCUGGCCCUUGCUGCUGCGCCACCAUGGGCCAGAGCACCCUUGGUGCCGCCCAUGCAGUGCCAACGUGCCCACUCCUCCUCGGCCACCAACUGCCCUCAUCAUUGUCCCCUCCACCGGUGACCUGACCUCUGUGUCCCCGAGAAGGCAGGAGUGGCCAGGUGAGGACAUCCACCCUCGCACUGUCCGGCUGCUUCAGUGGACGUCCUGUCUCCCUCCAAGGCCACCAUCCCGGGCCAGGGGUGUCCACACUCUUUCCUGCUCAAGAUCGUCCCCAUCCUGGAGAGAAGCCGCUCUCUCGGCCCUACCCCGCCAGCCUGGCCCAUUCGUCCCCCUCCACAGCACGGCUCCUCCCUCCCCUCCAUCCUGGAACCUUCCUCCCACCGCCCCCUGAGACCCCUCCUGUCCGGCUCCACCCAGCCGUUAUUGCUGCUAAACUGGGGUCACCUCACCAUCUUUUUUUUUCAAUAAUAGUUUUAUCGAGAUAGCAUCUCACACCAUACAACUCGCCCACUUACUGUGUAGAAUUCAGUGUUUUCCCUCCUUUCACAGAAUUCUGCAACCGUCACCACAGUCUUAGAACAUUUUCGUCACCGCCAUAAGAAACCCCACACCCAAUCCAGCGCCCCGUCACACGCCCACCAGUCUCCUCUGCUCCCCACUUCCCAAGGGCCCCUUUUCGCCCUGAUUCUGGUGCGUUCUUGCUCCGUCUUUGGCCUACCCUCUCCCAGGGCCCCUUCACUUCAUCCACCAGACUCCCCAGUUUCUCUCCUGGCUCACAAUGCUCCUCUGAGCUCCAUCCUCUGUCUCCAGCAUCUGCUUGAUAUUCCAAGCAUCUUCUAAAAUAUCGAAAGUCAAGCCCCAACUCCCCCCACCCCCCAAACUGCCUCUCCUGAAUGUUGGCCCAUCGCAGGUGAUGGCAACUUGGGGGGAAAAAACCUUGCAAAACCCUAGGGAGCCCCCUCUCCCUCCCUCUCCUCCUCGUCCUCGAGGAAACAUCCAGAAGCUACUUGACUGGCCGCCUGCCUCAUCUCCCUUUAGCCUCCCUCUCGCCGAUUUCUUCCCUAUGGUGUGCACCAAAACAGAAAGGUGCAAACCUGGCAUCGUAGAGAGGCCACUCUCCCCCAAAUACUAACUGUGUUUUGAGGGGAGAGGGGGCCCUUGGAAGCUUGUGCACAAAAAGCAACCAGAGUCAUCAGGAAAACUGGUAAAAGGCAUGGAGUGGGGGUACCAAUCGCUGAAGGUAUGGAACUUACUAUAAAAGUAUAGGAAUUAAAACAGCGCGGGAACCGAGCUGAGUCCAUAGACGGAACAGACCUGAGUCCAUCCAACUUCAGUAGAUAAUACAGAUCGCCGGAGGGCAGCCAUCUGGAGAGAACUCACAUCAGCCUCCAGGGCAAACUCCCUGUGGA